GGGGAGUAUCUAGAAAUGAAGAACCAGGUAUGCAGUAAGUGUGGUGAAGGCACCUACUCCUUGGGCAGUGGCAUCAAAUUUGAUGAAUGGGAUGAAUUGCCGGCAGGAUUUUCCAACGUUGCAACAUUCAUGGACACUGUGGUCGGCCCUUCUGACAGCAGGCCAGAUGGCUGUAACAACUCUUCCUGGGUCCCUCGUGGAAAUUACAUAGAGUCCAAUCGUGAUGACUGCACGGUAUCCUUGAUCUACGCUGUGCACCUCAAGAAGUCGGGCUAUGUUUUCUUUGAGUACCAGUAUGUGGACAACAACAUCUUCUUUGAGUUCUUUAUUCAAAAUGAUCAGUGCCAGGAGAUGGACACCACUGCUGACAAGUGGGUAAAACUCACCGACAGUGGAGCAUGGGGCUCUCAUUCUGUAAUGUUGAAAUCAGGCACAAACAUACUGUACUGGAGGACUACAGGCAUCCUUAUGGGUUCCAAGGCAGUCAAGCCAGUGUUGGUAAAAAAUAUCACAAUUGAAGGGGUGGCAUACACAUCAGAAUGCUUUCCAUGCAAGCCUGGCACCUUCAGCGACGAACCAGGUUCAUUCAUCUGCCAAGUUUGUCCCAGAAACACCUAUUCUGAGAAAGGAGCCAAAGAAUGCAUCAAGUGUGACGAGGACUCCCAGUUUUCAGAAGAAGGAUCCAGCGAGUGUAAGGAACGUCCUCCCUGUACCACAAAAGACUAUUUCCAGAUCCACACUCCAUGUGAUGAGGAAGGAAAGACACAGAUAAUGUACAAGUGGAUAGAGCCCAAAAUCUGCCGGGAGGAUCUCACAGAUGCUAUUAGGUUGCCCCCUUCCGGAGAGAAGAAGGAUUGUCCACCUUGCAACCCUGGAUUUUAUAACAAUGGAUCUUCUUCUUGCCAUCCCUGCCCUCCUGGAACGUUUUCGGAUGGAACAAAGGAAUGUAGACCAUGUCCAGCAGGAACAGAGCCUGCACUUGGGUUUGAAUAUAAAUGGUGGAAUGUCCUUCCUGGCAACAUGAAAACCUCCUGCUUCAAUGUCGGGAAUUCAAAGUGUGACGGAAUGAAUGGUUGGGAGGUGGCUGGAGAUCAUAUCCAGAGUGGGGCUGGAGGUUCCGAUAAUGAUUACCUGAUCUUAAACUUGCAUAUCCCAGGAUUUAAACCACCGACAUCGAUGACGGGAGCCAUGGGUUCUGAACUGGGAAGAAUAACAUUUGUAUUUGAGACUCUCUGUUCAGCUGACUGUAUUCUGUACUUCAUGGUGGAUAUUAAUAGAAAAAGUACCAACGUGGUCGAAUCAUGGGGUGGAACCAAAGAAAAACAAGCUUACACCCAUGUCAUCUUCAAGAAUGCCACAUUUACAUUUACGUGGGCAUUUCAGAGGACCAAUCAGGGUCAAGAUAAUAGACGGUUCAUCAAUGACAUGGUGAAGAUUUAUUCUAUCACUGCCACUAAUGCAGUUGAUGGGGUGGCGUCCUCAUGCCGUGCCUGUGCCCUCGGUUCUGAACAGUUGGGCUCAUCGUGUGUCCCCUGCCCCCCAGGCCACUACAUUGAGAAAGAAACCAACCAGUGCAAGGAGUGUCCACCUGACACCUACCUGUCCGUACGUCAGGUCUAUGGCAAGGAGGCUUGUAUUCUAUGUGGGCCUGGGAGUAGAAGCACUCAGGACCACUCAGUUUGCUACAGUGACUGCUUUUUCUACCAUGAAAAAGAAAAUCAGAGUUUGCACUAUGACUUCAGCAACCUCAGCAGUGUGGGCUCCUUAAUGAACGGUCCCAGCUUUACCUCCAAAGGAACAAAAUACUUCCAUUUCUUCAAUAUCAGUUUAUGUGGGCACGAGGGGAAGAAGUUGGCUCUCUGCACCAACAAUAUAACAGACUUCACAGUAAAGGAAAUGGUGGCAGGGUCAGAUGAUUACACGAAUUUGGUAGGAGCAUUUGUAUGUCAGUCAACUAUUAUUCCUUCUGAAAGUAAGGGCUUCCGAGCAGCCUUAUCAUCACAAUCCAUCAUUCUGGCAGAUACAUUUUUAGGAGUGACAGUUGAAACCACAUUGCAAAAUAUUAAUAUAAAAGAAGAUAUGUUCCCAGUUUCACCAAGCCAAAUACCAGAUGUGCAUUUCUUUUAUAAGUCUUCUACAACUACAACCUCUUGUGUUAAAGGCCGAUCAACUGCUGUGAAAAUGAGGUGUAAUCCUGCUAAACCAGGAGCUGGAACCAUUUCAGUACCCAGCAAGUGUCCAGCAGGUACCUGUGAUGGAUGUACAUUCUAUUUCCUGUGGGAGAGUGCUGAAGCUUGCCCUCUGUGCACAGAGCAUGACUUCCACGAGAUUGAGGGUGCCUGUAAGAGGGGAUUUCAGGAAACCUUAUAUGUGUGGAAUGAACCUAAGUGGUGCAUUAAAGGAAUUUCUUUGCCUGAGAAAAAGUUGUCAACCUGCGAAACAGUUGACUUUUGGCUAAAAGUGGGAGCAGGUGUGGGAGCUUUUACAGCUGUUUUGCUGGUGGCUCUAACUUGCUACUUCUGGAAAAAGAAUCAGAAACUGGAGUACAAAUAUUCCAAAUUAGUAAUGACGACAAACUCAAAAGAGUGUGAACUCCCAGCUGCAGACAGCUGUGCUAUCAUGGAAGGAGAAGAUAAUGAAGAGGAAGUUGUAUAUUCCAAUAAACAGUCGCUACUGGGAAAACUCAAAUCCUUGGCAACAAAGGACAAAGAAGACCAUUUUGAAUCUGUUCAACUGAAAUCCUCAAGAUCUCCAAAUAUAUGA